GGCUGUGUCGUUCGUGUUGAUCUCAACUGCUGACUUCACCUGCGAUGAGUGACGCUGAAGAGGCAACUGUACUCGGGAAACGCGCCCGAACAGACGACGGCGUGGAGGCGGGGGCCGGUGCAUCUAAGCAUAUGGACGCGGAAGAAGAUUCUGACGAUGAACUUGGUCCCAUGCCCUUACCAGCGGACGCGGAAGGGACGGUCAAAAAGAAGAGAAAAGUUCUCCCUCAUGAAAAGUUGUACCUCGACCAUCUUCCUGACGCCGACCAAUACUACAAGAGUUUCAUGCACCGGGAUACCAUAAGCUUUACUUUCGUAACCAAGACGGAUUUCAUCAUCACGACCUCGAUCGACGGACACCUGAAGCUGUGGAAGAAGCAGGACGCGGGCAUCGAAUUUGUGAAGCACUACCGCGCCCACCUUACCCCCAUCACUGCAGGCUCGGCCAGUGCUGACGGGCAGCUCUUUGCUACCGUUUCGGAGGAUGGAACUGCGAAGGUGUUCGAUGUGGUCAACUUCGACAUGAUCAAUAUCAUUCAAUUGGGCUACACACCGCACUCGUGUUGCUGGGUCCAUCGGCGUGGUCAAGCACAAGGAUUGCUUGCCGUCUCGGACUCAUCUUCGGGAACCAUUCGUCUAUAUGACGGCCGAGGCAAUGAGACGCCGCUAGAAACGAUCUCUAAUCUGCAUCGCUCCCCAGUCCAUGUCAUGACUGUGAGUCCGUGUACAGUGAUCGCUAUGAUACGGUUGUUUCGGCUGACGAACAAGGCUUUGUCGAGUACUGGCGGCCCACAGAGCCAUUUGAAGCUCCGAAAAACGUCCCCGGCAUGUGGGCCUACAAGUCGGAAACAGAUCUCUAUGAGUUCAAAAAGGCACGUCCCGUUCCAUGUGCGGGUUGUACAUUAUGCUGAAACGCCUCUCCAGUCCAAAGCAACUCCGACAUGCAUUACGCUCAGUCCGGACUCUUCGUCAUUCGCUACUUUUUCUUUGCCCGACCGCCAGAUCCGGGUGUUUUCUUUCCUUACGGGAAAACUGACCCGUCGAUACGACGAGUCUUUGCAGGCGAUCCAAGAGAUGCAGCAGGCCGGGACGGCGCUCUACAAGGUCGACGACAUGGAAUUCGGACGUCGUCUUGCAGUUGAGAAAGAGCUGGAGCUGCCGGGGCCAGAUGGGCACAUACCUGGUCGCUGGAGCAAUGUUGUCUGGGAUGAGAGUGGCGCGUUCGUGCUCUAUCCGACGCUGCUCGGGCUCAAAGUUGUCAACACGGUGACCAAUCGCGUGUGUCGACUGCUGGGCAAAGACGAGUCGGUGCGGUUCUUGAACGUGUCAUUGUAUCAAGGUGCUCCCGCCAAGAGAGGUUUGACCACGAUUACGAUGGCGGCCUCGUCCAACCCGAUUCUGGCUACCAAGGCUGCUCGGGACCCGACUUUGUUCUGCACGGGCUACAAACGAGCGCGGUUCUACAUGUUCACUCGGUCAGAGCCAGAGGAUACCAAAUCAGGUGACAGAGAUGUGUUCAACGAGCGGCCCACGCGCGAAGAGCAGAAUGUGGCGACGUCUGCUGUGGUCGGGUCGUCCGGGCCGUCUCCGCUCGCCAACUCAGCUACCAUACACACGAGCAUGGGCGACAUGCACAUGCGACUGUUCCCUGCGCAGGCCCCGAAAGCCGUCGAGAAUUUCGUGGGGCACGCCCGCAGCGGGUUCUUCGAGGGCAUCAUCUUCCAUCGUGUGAUACCCAAGUUUAUGAUCCAGACCGGAGACCCGUUGGGAGACGGCACUGGGGGGACAUCCAUCUGGGGCCGCGAAUUCGAGGACGAGUUUUCGGAGGAUCUCAAACAUGACAGGCGAGUUCUGCCGUAUACUGUGAGCAUGGCGAACGCCGGGCCCAAUACCAACGGAUCCCAGUUUUUCAUCACCACGACACUCACUCCCUGGCUCGAUCGAAAGCAUACUAUAUUUGGUCGCGUGAUUUCUGGGCUGGAAGUGCUGCACAACAUCGAGAAUGUGAAAACCAGCCACGCGGACAAGCCUUACGAGGACAUCAAAAUCAUCAGCGUUCAGGUCGAGUAAUCACGUAUUACAUAAUGAUAUCACAAAUGUAACAAGCAGCAACGUGAAGCCCGAAAACGAAAUCCCUGCCUGCUGCCCGCCGUUGGCGUUUUCUCCGGCGCUACUGGACGCAGUUGCGUCGACGUUGAGCACCAAGGGUGCGCUGAGCCCGAUCGUCUGGUUCAGGCAAUCCAAGAGCUUCGUGUCGAUUCCUGCAGGAAGGGCAGUGUCUGGGGCGCCCGCGCCCUGGAAGACGGCAGAGUUGUUGUAUCCGUCCAGGCUCAGAGCGAUGCUGCUCGCGCGGUAAUACUGGAUCACCUGCUCUGGCUGGGGUGGUGCUGUCGACGUCUCGUUGUACGGCGACGCGGUAACGCUUGUGGAGGGAACAAGCGAGGACGAGCAAUUGGCUUGCAAGGCGGUGAUGAGUGCGUUGGUCGUGGUGCUGUCGGAGAGGAUCCGGAAGACAGUCACGUUCGGGCCGUUGGAUUGGAAGGCCGCCGUGCUCAUCGCUCCCCCAGGCCGGCUGCUGUUGUCGGCCCGUCCAUACUGCGACGUUAUAAGCUCAUGCGAUCAGGGAACGCAGAGGAAUGAUUCAGACGCACUUCUUGGUUUGAGUGUAGGUGAGGGCGCCCGAAGCUCAAAGGCCAAAAGAAAUACGGGAAUCCGCGCCCAGACACAUCUGCGCCAGACGUCCCGGGAUAUCCGCUUCCAUACGUUCUGGUUUUAUCCCGUUCAUCUCCCGCACGACAGAAGAGCAAAGCGAAACUUGCCGCACCUCGAACCGAAAAUGUCACCGCGCGUCCCGCCUCCUUCUUGGCGCCCGGAAAACGGCUGGCCAGCAGCGAUGGUGACGACCUGCCCGCCCCCGCCUCCGUACGGCACUGCCGUUCUGUCGACAGAUCAGCCCACACCUCCUUCAAGGGUUUGCAGUGCCGGGAAACUGACUUUCCCGAACCACCCCCGCUGCUAAUGGGAAACGAAGGGCCAGCCUCGCCUGCCGAGUUGGUGCUCCCUCCUGGGGAGUCGUGACUUGAUGAGGAUCCAGAGCUGGGGCUACUGAUGCUGCCCCCCGCAUCUGCGCUCCCUCCCGCGGAGCCGCUCUCUGACGAUCCAGCGCCGGUGCUCCCCCCCUCCUCUGCGCCACCGCCUCCUUUGGUACGGCGCUUAGAUAGCCUGCGUGUACUGACGAGUGGAACAAACAUCGGAAUGUGGAAGACGGCGCGUGCUGUUCUGCUUUUAUCUGUCGAGCAUGCGCGGGAUCAACACACAGCGGUAGCACAUCUGCCAAAGACACCGCCCAGUACUUGAUCGUCUCAGACAGUGAAUCUGAUGGCUCAACAGCAGUCGGCGCACACAGCAGGCGCCAAUGGUACGGUACAUAUAUAGAGCGGGAACUACUGAUACAGAAGAUGGGAUGCAAAGUAUGCUAAGGAUAUGGACAGGACGCAUCACGCCUUGGCUACUGCCGGCUCAGACUCUUGUGGCUCUGCUGCAGCUGCUGGUGCAGUCUUCUCCGUCGGAACAGGGGGAUUGGGACCGCCGUGCUGCUUGAUCAUGCGGGUCAGACUUUGCGUAUCCGCGCCCCGAACCUGAUUGACACGGUCAAGAAAUCGGCGGCAGCUGUCGGUGGAUCAAGCGCCUACCAUUGCAACCACAGCUUUGUCCUUGAUGGCGAAGAACGUCGGCAUAGCAGAGACUUGGCUAGAAAGAGACGAACAACUCAGAUGAUGUCCGGGAAAUUGACACGUGCACGGCGGCGUCACUCACAGGGCCUGGGCGAUCGCGGGUUGGUCGUCCACGUCCACUUCGACAAAUUGGACGUGCGGAUUCUGCGCGGCCAGUGCUUCGAAACGUGGUGCAAUCAUCUGCAGGAGGUGCAGGGGCGCGGUCGGCCAUCUUGGAUCGCAGAUGUACAAUAAACACGAACCUUGCAGGGGCCACACCACGCCGCCUUGAAAUCAACAAUCACGGUCUUUCCUGCGGCUUCGGCGGCUUCCAUGACCUGGUUCCACUGGGAAAUGGAUUCGAUAUCGACGGGAUGCGACAUGGCUGGUGUGAGGUAAAGGUGGGUGCGAGUGGAUGUGUGCUUGACGGCUGGACGCAGCGAGAGGCCAUUUAAAUAGCCUCGGUGUAGUCAGCAGUCAGAAGACGCCAGAACCUCGCCGCGAAUCCGUCAACGACGUGACCCAUGCAGCGGGCGGUGGGCCGGGGAUCUCACGACCGAGGUUUGAAUUCGACAUUUGCCGGCGGAACAGAGGGGCGUGACAUGCAGGCUGCACCUCCAGUUCGAUAAGAGUCGCAAGACCGGUCGAAAAUACGCCAUAAUGAUCAUCACGUAGAUGGGGACAUAUGCGACUCGAUGUUAGAUAGGUCCUGACAGGCUUGAACAGGACUGCGCCGUCCAAGAAGAGUGGGCGUGAGAAGGCAUCCAUCAAUAUCUACCAUCGCAAGCAAGUGAUGUCAGCACUAUUACAACGCAACUCUGUCCAUGAUUUCCCUCGUCACCUCUACAGUCAUCGACAACCUUUCCUCCUCUAAUCUACUCUUGAAUCGCCGCUUCAACUUCUCCACGAUCGAAUUUACCCCAAGAGAUUCAGGAUGAGCCACUGCGAGAUCUGCCGGGCAGGAGAACUUCAAGAACGUGUGCCCGUCUAGAGUUGUUCCGUUGCGCACAAUGCACGAGUAGACGUCCAGCGGCACGCCCGCCAGAAACGCGCCGUGCAUCUGCACAGGAACGUAUGCUACGGGGUAUCCCAGCAGGAUCGCUGCAACGGGGAUGAUCGUCUGCGGGUCGAGAUCGUCGGUCCAACGAGGUGGUGUACUGGCGAGCAGCGCCUCAAUCGUGUCUUGGAUUUCGGGAGGGGGCUCGUGCAUCUAUGUGCUCGUGAGCCAAUGGGAUCUCGCAGGCAUCACGACUCGAGGCGCACCAGGAGCGGGCUCUGCUGAAGCUGUAUGAACGCGACAUCGCUCAGCAAACCAUCGCAGAGGUGUCGCCGCAGCGUAUCGCAGUUCACGAAGAACGAUUGCUGUGAGCUGCUUUCAAAGACAUGCUCCACCGCGCGAAAUUCCGCGUGGCUCUUCACAUGUGCCGAUGAGCGGAGACGUGCAUAGCAGAGAAUGCGUGGUUGGCGUACUUUUCGGAGGUCUUCGAGAAGACCGGGGUAUAAGGUUUCCGGAUCCCGAGCUGCGAUGGCAUCCACGAGAUAAGCCGGGCUAUAAAUGCGCGCGUCAUCGACGGACUUGGAUCGGGCCAGGUCGUGCGGCGCACCGGCAUCCCAGUGCUAUCAGCGCAAGGUCCACGGCGAAGUUCCUUCUUUUGACCGCACCGAGUUUGCGGAAAGCAGACACGUUCAGAGCGGACUCUACACUUUCAGCAAGAACAUCGACGUUGUGGAUAAGCGCAGACAUGGUGGGUGUGGUUUACAUUUGUUACUGCGAGUACUGUGUAUGGGAUGUCCAUGUUGUAUGAGAAUACACUGUUUCUGACUGCGUCACACGAGAGCCCAGAGAGAAGAAAGAGAUAGAGGGACGAGAAAGGUUUUAGCAUCUGGACCGAAGAGGCUCAAAGAGUCUGGAAUGUGACCUCCGAGUCCGCCAUCGUUCUUAGCCCAUCGCGAAGCGAACGAUAUGGUGAUGUUUGUGCUCGAAGACGCCGCGGUCCUCGGUUUUCUUCGGGAGCAGCUUCCACUGGCAGCGCGAGAGCUGGACCAGGAAAGAGUGAGGAGGCGACAGGCUCGCUUCCAGGGCAUGGCUCCAGCAGAUGUCGCGUGCUCUCGUCCGCGAAGAGAUGGCACAGAAGCGAGAACAGGAAGAUGCGUGGCUGGACUUUGGGCGCUGGGCUUGGAGGAGAGGAGCGCGAAGGAUGGACCGACUGGGGGCUCGGGGGUGAUGGAGAUGUCUCUGACUCUGCGGUGGCGCUGGUCCAAAGUCCAGAGUCCAGCGAUAGCGAGCUAUCACCCUCAAGUAGUGUGAACGAGUCCUCGGAUUCAGACUCGGCGUCAUCGGAAAGGAGCUCGGCGUUGGGUGAGGGGAAGAUGAGCGUAGACUCGGGAAGCCAUGCCUGGGUGUGCCGACGGUGUUGGGCGUACAUGGUGGAGGGAAACGGAGAGAGAAAGAACCCCAAUCCCAUGAUCACGACUGAAUGGGCUAUACUUACGUUGGGGCUCCCUAUCUUUUAAACUCUUAUUCAGAUCCACCGCAGAGCCAGAAAGGCCGCGAUGCAUCGGUGUCUAGGUGUCUAAGAUUGACGCCAGACAUUACGGCGUGCUGGCCAGACGGAGACUGGACCGUCCAUACGCUAUGGGAGCCGACUACCACUGAGCAGUGCAAUGGCUGACAGUUUGAAGAAAGC